ACCACGAUUUUAUUGAAGUGCUUUGAAACUGGUUCCACGCAGACAUGUAUAGACAAGCUCACAUAUACCGGAGCGGUCAGUCCGGACAGUCACGUGACCAGACACGUUAUUGUACAGGUCUGGUCACGUGACGUCGGGACUCUGUUCACGUGACGCUCUUAACGUGAUGCUGUUGACGUGGUCGGGACUCUGUUCACGUGACUGUUGUUGACAUGACGCUUAUAACUGCGCUGUGGCGGACAUGACGCAGCUCCUCAGAAGCUCCGUGAGCUGUCCAGUGAGGAUGGUUUCAUGAUCAAAUCUUCAUUUACUGUCCACAUUAUCAGAUGAGGACGUCACCAAAGAGUGUCCUUUGAGUCGAUGUUUACAUUUAUGUACAGAUAAUUAAGAACAAUUAGUUAAUUGUAAAAUGCUAAUUAUUUUCUCCUGCCACCUUUCAGACAUUAUAAUCCAACUUGGAUGGAACAACUUCGUGACCUUAAUGACACCCAGCAACACGGUGCUUGCCUCCCGCCCGCCGCCCACCACGGCCCUCACCUGUGUGCUGCGCUGCUUCCCCUGUGAGCCCACCUGGGCCGGCAGCCCCUUCCUGCCCCGCCCCCCCACGCCCCCCAUGGGGCGCAUGACGCGCUCCAAGACCUUCCAGGCCUACCUGCCCAGCUGCCACCGCACCUACAGCUGCAUCCACUGCCGCGCACACCUGGCCAACCACGACGAGCUCAUCUCCAAGUCGUUCCAGGGCAGCCAGGGACGAGCCUACCUGUUCAACUCUGUGGUGAACGUGGGCUGUGGCCCUGCCGAGGAGAGGGUCCUCCUCACUGGUCUUCACGCUGUGGCGGACAUCUACUGUGAGAACUGUAAGACGACCCUGGGCUGGAAAUAUGAGCAUGCCUUCGAGAGCAGUCAGAAGUACAAAGAGGGAAAGUUCAUCAUCGAGCUGGCCCACAUGAUCAAGGACAACGGCUGGGACUGAGGACACGACUGCAUGGGGGGGGGGGGGGGGGGGGUCAUGCGUGUUGGGUGAGUUUGGUUUGGCUGGUUGAACCUCUUUAACCCUCUGCCCCCCAACCACCUGACGCACACACACACCAACACACACACGCCGAGCUGCAGACAUCCCAGCCUGACAGAGAGGCAGACAGACGGGUAUGCAGAUGGGUAUGCAGAUGGGUACGCAGACGGGUAUGCAGACGGGUACGCAGACGGGUACGCAGACGGGUACGCAGACGGGUACGCAGACGGGUACGCAGACGGGUACGCAGACGGGUACGCAGACGGGUACGCAGACGGGU